AUGGCGUCGCCGCGCCGCAUUCCCUCCGUGCCUGCCGGAUCCGGCAACAAAGAGAAUAUUUCUCAAGAUGGAGAUGCUCCCUUGGAUUUUGCAACCUUGCCUAAAGAAGGGUCUGCCUCUACAAGGUGGAAGAAGAAGCCUGCAGGUUUCAACUUGAGGAAAAGCAUUGCCUGGAACCCUGCUUUUUUCACUGAAGAAGGUGUUUUGGAUAAUUCGGAGCUUUCUGUGCUUACUGGCUCCCAACCGAUGGCAAAUAGGAGCCCUGGCUCAGGGGUCAGUAGUAUAAUGUCCCCAUCGUGUCAGUCAGGGAGAUAUGGUAACACAUAUGUACGGAAGGAAGCUGCAGAGAAUUCACAUGGAAAAUUGCCUGCAAGAUAUCACAGGGCAGAAAGCCAGGGAAGGAAAUUGUUUUCUUCAGCAAAAACUCCUCAGAGGGACAAACAGAAAGAACCUGCUACACAGUUUACUUGUUAUGGUUGUAGCACUUACAAUCAUCCAAUAACAUUGCUGUUUUCUGCCCAACCAAUUGCAGGUAACACAAAACAGAAGCUCUGCAAGAAGCAUCCAAAUAUGCUCACCAAGACUCAGAUGUCAAGAAUACCAAAGCAAUCACGACCUUCUCUUCCUAAGGUUCCAAGAAGUACUUCAUCUGCGACAAACAGUUUGGAAUCACACAAAAAAAUAGCUCCAGUUAAAGCUGAGCUAGUUCACAGAGUAACUGGAUUGCCUACUAGAUUGAAGAUCAAUUCUGUAUCUUCUGGACCUAGCAUAGAGAAGGAUGCGGUGCCUGCUGUUACUGGAGUACGUGAAGAAGCCAGUGCUUCUGUGAAAUGCAAAAAAAUUCCACCACACCCACAAAUUAGUCCAUCCAGCCCCUUUGAUAGCACUGCGUCAAAAUUUGCUAAGCCAUCAGCACUUCGAAUGCCUUCACCUUCAGUUGGUUUUUUCAAUCAGGAAAAAGCGCUUGUGUCACACGGUGAUGCAGCUAAAAGAAACGUGGGGAGGUGCUUCUCUUCAAAUACUUCAGCGCUUGAUAAACCACCCAGAUACAGGCAGUCUGAGGAAAGCAGACCCCACCUAACAAAGCAGCUGUCAACCAAUUGCACUGCUGCUUCCAAUCUUGUGCCACCUGUGACUAGAGAGAGCAAUCUCAAAUCUUUGGUGAUUCCAGAAAAGGAAUCGUUGUCAAAAGUUAUUACUACAUACAUAGAAAAACCUGGAAAUGUAAAUAAUCAAGCAAGGCCAAAGUCUGAUUUCUCAUUGGCAGGAACUGGAGCUACUACUACUCCGCAGCCAAUGAAUUUAGAAAAGAAUGAUGAUGCCAGAAAUAGUGUGCCACUGCCAGUUGUGUACAAUGAGACAUCGCAUGUAGAAGGAAGGGGCGGUAUCAGAGAGAUUGAACCUCUUGAUAAUUCCGACUCUCUUGAAGCUAUUUGUUCCUCAACCAUUGAACCUGUUGAGGAUUCGUUACCUCUUCAAGCCAGUUAUUCCUCAACCAAACCUAUUGUAGGGAGUAAAUUGUCACCCUCUUGCAUUUCUUCUGAAGUAUGCUCCUCUAGUGAGCUUAGUUAUCAAGGCAAGUCAGACAGUGAUUCCAGUGCAGCAAUUGACUUGGAAAACUCUAAUGUUGGAGAGACUGCACUUGGAGCUUCUUUGUUGAAAGAUCAGUUGCCACAUUGUGGCAGUUUAAGAGAUGAAACGCCAACCCUAGCUGACAGUCAUUCAGAUUUGAAUGAUUCUUUGUGUGAUGAAGCUAAACCAGCUUUGUCAGAAGAACCAAAUACUGAAGGUGAAAUGGAGCUUGAAACAAACAGUACAUUAGAUAUAAAGGCAACUCCUUUGUUAGAUGUGAGGUGUGGGCGUAUUCACAUUUAUAGGACCACAGAUUGUUCUCCUAUGAAAUUGGAAGCUUCUACACCUUGUGUGGAAAGACGGCAUGCUUUAUUAGUAGAACCAAAUAUUGAAGAAAAAAUGGUGCUUGACACAGACAGAUUGUCAGCUAUACAGGAUGCACCACAUAUAGAAAAGAACAAGGCACCAGACUUAUCACCAGCAAAUACAAUCCUUAAAGAUCAUCUGAAGAACUUGGUACCAUUUACAGAAGAAUGGCUUGCUGUAAUGGAGGCUCGUGGGCAGGAAGUUUUGGAACAAAAGACUGGUGCUGUGCAAAAUUCUCCUCCUGACAAAACAGCUCCAGAACCCAGUCCUUGGUCGCCGGUUAAACGGAAAGCGCAAGAUGUUGGACCAUUUGACUGUACCAAGUUCUCCAAAAACAUCCGAACCUCUGCCACUGUGAUAAGUAAGGUCAGGGGCUCCGAGGCGAACACGGUGUAA